GGCUUUCGACCACCACCUCGGUCAGGUCUCCCCAGGCACUCACACUCUGUAAUUCGGACUCUGCAUUCUCCUUGCUCUCUGUGGCCGGCGGUUGUUACGCUUUGGUGGCCUUCACUGUUUACGAAGUUACACGCAACGAUCCUCACAGUAGUUCGGGGCCAACUCCUAAUGAUCUUCUGGCUUGUGCAAGUAUUGCGCAAGCAACACCCAAAGUUCCGGAACACUCAUUGAUAAGAGCGUCAUAACAUCCUCACAAAAGAGGCCUCAGUCAUUCAUCCUCCUCCUUUCCGCCGACCGGGUAUCCUAUGGCUGCCUACUACAUCUUGCAACGGCCGUCGCCUGUGUCGAGGGCAUCUUCCCUCGCCACAGAAGGAAAUGGUACUACCGACGCCCAAGAAGACGCCACACCUCUCAACACCAUAUCCGCCGACCAUUCCAUAUACAUCUUUCCCAACCCGCCCUCCGCCCCUCCCAGCCCCCUUAGCCCUGGGUCAUCACUCUUCUCUGUACCUACCGACUUCGAGCCGUCGGAGCCAUCCUCUCGUGACGCAAGAUCCCGCACGUUAUCCAAUCUUACAGAUGUUGCAGCAUCUGCCCCAGACGGUGGCGUGGAAGUCGCACGACAAGUCUCUUCAGAUGGAGAGAAUGAGAUAGAGAUUGAUGUCGAGCUCUGGGAGCUGAGCACUGACCCGGAUCACGCUGCCGAAACUUCGGACACGGACGAGUCCUGGGUGCUCGAGGAACAGGUGCAGCGAAUCAACGCCGAGGCGAUCGACGUCUCCUUCGUGAGUCCAUCGCAUACGCCUUUCCGCGCCCGCAAGCUCUCCGCUCCCCAAUCUCCCAAUACGGCAGCGAAACACUACUGGGUCCUCCGUCCACAGCGCCGGCCUCGUUCGCACUCUCGCGUUCGGACGGUGAGCAGCAUCUCGUCGUUUGCGCCGCCGUCAGCACGUCGGUCCGCUCCCCAUCCGCGCAUCCACAUCCCUCUGUUGUCCUUCUUCGCCUCCCUACUGUCCGUCGACCUGGACGACCCCGCUCUGCGUCUCCUCACCCACGCCGAUCCCGGAGACGCAGAGACGGUCCUCUUCCCUGGGCAUACCGCUGCCCAGCUUCUGUCUCGGGGCAGGCUGCAUGAGCGGGACCCGAACAGGGAUAGGGAAGCAGAUGCAGACACGGAUGUGAGCGGCUUGGACACGGAGGAGGAGCCGCAUGGCUUGCCGAAGCUCCUGCUCGCCUCGCUGUCGGACCAUUCGACCGUUGCUCUCCGCUCGCUCCGCGCAGGGCUCGCGGUCUGUGCAUCGCAUACUCCUGACUCGUCGCUCCCGAUUCCGGGAGCCCAGGGUCUACUUGGAUUGUGGCGCGUCGUUGAGGAGGUAUGCGCGAGAAGCAGUCAGGCAUGGAAGGAGGUGUGGGGAGGGUCGUCAGAGCCGGAUGCGGGUCCGUCGUAGCUUCGCAUGUCUCGCACUUCGUGGCAAUGGACUCGAAGUAACUGGUCUCUACGGUACGUCUGCUAGUCAUGGAGUUGUGCCGCGUGUAUGAUAUCUCUGUACUACUAGUUCACUGCACUUGAGUGGAUGAUAUAGGAAAGUCAUCGCAGAGGAUACCGUCCUCCUGCUCAUGGGUCAAAGUACUGCGGCAGAGCCCUUUCGCGGUGUAAAUGGAGGCUUGUCAGUUCGUGCUCAGGCUGGAAUCCCAGGAUAUGGCGAACGCUUGUGCUAUGACACGCGACAGCAGUGAGCCACGGUGUGCUGAUGCGUAGUUGAUCAGUACGAGUCGAAUCGUAGGAGCAUCCAAGUUCAUUAUGACCUGACGCGAUGUUAUGUCGGGAAGAAUGAAGUUUCGACGCCCCAGACACUGGCACAGAAGUCCGACUCCUGGAGAGACACCUACUUCACGGCCCCAGCUAUCUUAAUCUACACUGUGUUGAUCCGGCGUUUGGAGAGGAGAG